AUGAACGCAACCCCCUCUAUGGUUGCGGAUAUCAACCUCCUCUCUGAAUUUCUCGCCGAUAAUCAACUACCCGAUCUCUCCACCACAUCCCCAGUCGACUGCAUUGUCAUUUGCGCCUCAGCCGUUCUUCACGGUACCGAGAUCCUUUUCCAAACCCUUGAGCAAAAGCCAUCUCUUGCCAAAGCUCUCGUACUGUGCGGCGGCAUCGGACACUCGACCGAGCUCCUUUAUAAGGCAGUGAAAUCUCAUCCAAUCUUUUCGCGCAUCGCCGAUGAAAUCCAAGGUCUCCCUGAAGCCAAAGUUCUCGAACAAAUCUUAGAUCAAUUCUUCGAUCGGUCUCUCAUCACCAAAGAAGGAUGUCAAAUUCUUCUUGAGCCGCUCUCUACGAAUUGUGGACAGAAUGCUUCAUUCUCUCGCAAGGUCCUCGAUGAAGCAGGCUUCCAGGCAACCAGUUAUAUUAUCAUUCAGGACCCAACAAUGAUGCUCAGGACUAAGGCAUCGUCUGAGAAGGCUUACGAAUGUGUCCAGCCCGCAGUCUCUAUAAUGAGUUGCCCUGUAUUUGUGCCACGGGUACAGCUGUCCCGUAAUGGAGUUAUGGAGUACUUAGGCACAUCUCCACCGUCAGAGCUGUGGUCACAAAGUCGGUUUCUGGAUCUGAUAAUGGGCGAGAUACCAAGGUUGAGGGAUGAUAACAAUGGGUAUGGUCCCCAGGGGCGUGAUUUCAUUGCCCAUGUGGAUCUUCCAAGUCAUAUUGAGGCAGCUUGGUCUCGACUUCAAGUGGUGGCUAAGAGCUAUAGACAGAUAUGA